UAUUGGUUGCUAACGGUCACUCGUCUCAUUCAUGUUCGAGCAUUCCAGGUCUCAAGUUCUUGCCGUUUUGCCUUAAGUUUGUAGACGAAUAAAACCAUCAUCAUGCGUGAGAUUGUCCAUUUGCAAGCUGGUCAGUGUGGAAACCAAAUCGGUUCUAAGUUCUGGGAGUUAAUAUCUGAUGAACACGGCAUCGACCCCACCGGUACCUACCAUGGCGACUCCGAUCUCCAGCUCGAGCGCAUCAACGUCUACUUCAAUGAGGCCACCGGAGGAAAGUACGUACCAAGAGCCGUGCUCGUCGAUCUCGAGCCAGGCACCAUGGACUCGGUCCGGUCAGGUCCGUUCGGUCAGAUCUACAGACCAGACAACUUCGUCUUUGGUCAGAGUGGAGCAGGGAACAACUGGGCCAAGGGACACUACACAGAGGGUGCUGAACUGGUGGAUUCAGUUCUUGAUGUUGCACGUAAAGAGUCAGAGAGUUGUGACUGCCUUCAGGGAUUUCAACUUACCCAUUCUCUAGGAGGCGGGACAGGAUCUGGUAUGGGAACUCUUCUGAUCAGCAAGAUUCGAGAAGAGUACCCGGACCGCGUCAUGAACACAUUCAGCGUGGUACCAUCUCCCAAGGUGUCUGAUACAGUUGUUGAACCUUACAAUGCUACACUUUCAGUCCAUCAGCUGGUUGAAAACACAGAGCAAACUUUUUGCAUUGACAAUGAAGCUUUGUACGACAUCUGCUUCCGUACGCUGAAACUGACGACCCCAACUUAUGGUGACCUGAAUCACCUUGUCUCUGCAACCAUGAGUGGCGUCACAACUUGCCUUAGGUUUCCUGGACAGUUGAAUGCAGAUCUGCGUAAAUUAUCCGUCAACAUGGUACCCUUUCCUCGACUUCAUUUCUUUAUGCCUGGCUUUACCCCUCUAACAAGCCGUGGUAGCCAGCAGUAUCGCGCCCUAACUGUGCCAGAGCUGACUGCUCAGAUGUUUGACGCCAAGAACAUGAUGGCUGCCUGUGAUCCUCGUCACGGACGCUACCUGACUGUCGCAGCCAUCUUCCGUGGGCGUAUGUCCAUGAAGGAAGUCGACGAACAAAUGCUGAACAUCCAGAACAAGAACAGCAGUUACUUCGUCGAAUGGAUCCCCAACAACGUGAAGAUUGCUGUCUGUGACAUCCCACCCCGUGGGCUCAAGAUGUCAGCUACCUUCAUCGGCAACAGCACCGCCAUCCAGGAGCUCUUCAAGCGCAUCUCUGAGCAGUUCACCGCUAUGUUCAGACGAAAGGCCUACCUUCAUUGGUACACUGGUGAGGGUAUGGACGAGAUGGAGUUCACUGAAGCUGAGAGCAACAUGAAUGAUUUGGUGUCUGAGUAUCAGCAGUACCAAGACGCAACCGCCGAUGAAGAAGGAGAAUUUGACGAAGAAGAAGAUGAAGAAGAAGAGGCAUAAUCAAUAAGUCUCAAAUCUUUAAGAUUUUUAAAAAAAUUAUAAUUAUCUGGGUAUUAUAUAAAAGGGUCAAUGCAAUCAAAUGUAUUCUUCUUGUAAUCAAACAGAGACUUUUUAAAAAAAUGUAGUCAUUAUCAUUGAGUUAAUUCUUUUUGAGCGAAGUGAUAACCUAUUGUCACUGGCGUUUACGAAUCAAGAAGCCGAGAGGCACGUUUUAUAUCUAUGUGCUUAUUUCUGCAUUACAAAUGUCUGCAACUGUUAUUGAUUUUUUUAACGAUAGCUUUGAACAACUUUACCGACGCUGAUAAAUAUCUAAUUUCUAUACGUACACGAGCACUCGCUACAUAGUGACAUUCCGCACACUGACAGCAUUAUGAUUCAAAUAGAAUUAAAUAUUUUAUCAAAUUAUUAAAUUAUUUCACUAAU